CUCACCCGGUGCUGAUUCAGGGUGUGACAGAGAGAGAGAGAGAAACACCUCAGGAACGCUCACUAAAAAGUGAAAGGACAGACUGGACAGCUUGAUGGUGGUAAUAAGCUAAACUAAACAGACACAAACCGAGGACGAGAUGGAAUUACGACUGGGAUGGAGGAUCACCCUGGUCUUGGUCAUCCUCGCCUUGACUCUUUCCGGAGAGACGGUGGAAGCACAGAGGGCAGGAUGUAAGAAUGUCCACUAUGACUUAGCGUUCAUCCUUGAUACCUCGUCCAGUGUUGGAAGAGAGAACUUUGAGAAGAUCCGACAAUGGGUGUCCAAUAUUGUCGACUCUUUCGAUGUGGCACCAGACAAGACCAGAGUAGCCGUGGUUCGCUACAGCGACACGCCCACCACUGAGUUCACUUUGAGCAAACACAGGUCCCUGGAGGAUGUGAAGCGAGCUGCCAGUGAAAUAGUUUACCGGGGGGGAAAUACAAUGACCGGGGACGCUAUCAGCUACACCACCAACAACAUCUUCACGGAGCGAAACGGAGCCAGACCGAAAGCCAGAGGCAUCCAGAGGGUGGCCAUCCUUCUCACAGAUGGUCUGAGCCAGGAUUACGUUUUGGAGCCCUCCAAAGCCGCUGCUAAAGCCGGCAUCAGAAUGUUCGCCGUGGGGAUCGGAGAGGCGUUGAAGGUGGAGCUGGAGGAGAUCGCGGCCGAGCCAAAGAACGCCCACGUCUUCUAUGUGACGGACUUCAAUGCCAUCGACAAGAUCAGAGGCAGGCUGAGGAGGAGGCUUUGUGAGA